UAUUAAACAUUUUAUAAAUGUGUAACUAAAAAAUAAUUUUCAACUUUUAAGGCUUAUAACAAAAUAUUAAUAUAAUAUUGCUGCUGCCUUUUUGAGUAGGUGGGUAUCUACAUAAUUCAAUAACUGAUGUGUGACCGUGACUGGAGAUAAAAUUCUGAUUGUAUCAUUACGUAUGCCAUAAAAAUGUAUAUUUGAAAAACAAUAAUGUUUUACUGAUGAUUGAGUAAAUCACAAAUGACUACUAAAAAAAAUACCAAAAAAUUAAGAAUACCUUCUAUUAUUAUACAAUCCCAAUAAGUUAUUUUUCAAAGAUAAGAAAUUCUAGUGAAAGUAUCUACUACCUACCUAUUAAACGUAAUUAAGUAUAAUCUAAUAUUUUAAAAUACUAAUUAACUACAUAAUUACUUUAUAAUUCUGUGUUACAAUUUUUUUUUGUGACAAAAUGUUUUAUGUAUCUAUAUCUAUAUAUACACAGAUUGGUACACCUAUGAAUCACGAAUACCAUUGGCACGGUUCGGCUGGGUCCGCUAUACAUAAUCCGAGACAAUUUUUUUCCGCAGCAUCAACGAAAAUAGUUUACAUUAAAAUCUCAUGCCAACUCUACAGUGUCUACGCACGUAGACAUUCACACAUACACACUCACAUACCACUGACGGCGGCCAAUAAUAUAAUUGUCACUAUAAUAUUUUUAGUAAACAGCCGUCGUAGUCUUACUCUGGUAGCGUAGUAGUCUCAUCGCACAGCAACACUGCAGCGUCCGUAUUUAUUGUUACAAAAGUACGUAAGAAGCAUAUUAUUUAUUAUAUAUUAUAUACAUUAAUAUAUUUACAAAUCGAUUUAAGCACUCGUCGAACACAAACAGUUAGGCUCAACGAUUUUUACGUAUCAGACUUUUUGAAUAGUUUUAGUGUAGUGCUUGGAUUUAUUUUAUCAAGUGACAUAAAAAAAGAAUGGUGCGCUCUCAUUAAUUUAGGUGUAUAUUAGUAUAAUAGCAAUAAAUAAUUUAAUAUAAUGUAUUCAGAGGAUGCCAUCUCAAUAUUUGUUUUCUUCCUCAGACCCACGUGAAACAUAAAUAAGAAUCAGUCACAUAAAAUCGUUUUUUAUGAUUUUUGAUUAAUUUUAGAGUUAAAUCUCCUAUUACAAUAAUUAUAGAGGAUAAUGCUUGUGAGGGUGUAACAUAUGUAUUGGUUUUAUAUUUUAUUCUUAUUUGACUUGAAAGAAAAAAAAAUCAUUUUAAUUCAUGUAUAAUUUUUGUAAUGUGUAAUUUUACUCAAAGAUUACUAAAAAAAAAAUUAUUUUGUGUAAUGAGUUUUGUCUACGUGUGCGUGGGCCAGAGAGAGAAAACAAACAGUUCUCUGACAUCAUCUCAAUAUAAUAUAAUGCGAAAUACCUAAUAUCAUUGAUUUAUAAUACUACGGAUUGGUCACUGAGCACUAAGUUUGAUCGAGAUUCGUCGGGCCACAUGGCUGCAAUGUCCGGUACGUUUUCAUUGUCCUACAACCGUCGGCGCAUGGACGGCGGUGGUACGAUGGGAGGAGGAGCAGGACGAGUUCCGUGCCGUCAUUAUGCCACGGAAAGAAGGCGGCACAGAUAUUCAUCGUUUUCCAUAAUGAAAUGGUUCCGGCGGAGCAAGCACUACGACGACGACGAUUCGGCCUGGUUCCGGGACGAUUUGCAGCGCAUACGGCAAGCGUACGUGGAACAGGAAGCGGACUACGCGGCAAUUUCACCGGUCGCAGCACGCCGCAGGCCUACGACCGCCGCCACGUGGUCUAGGUGGUCCGGUAGCACGACGACCGUGUACAGUUUCGCGUAUGUAGACGGAGCGCCAAGGGACGACGGCAAGAAUGGUGUCGUCCCAACAGGACGGGACAGACAUCGUGCAGACGACGACGACGACGACGAUGUGGUCGAGUACAUCGACGCGGCCACUCUGCCGGUGGCGCAUCGGCGGCCGACCGACCGCCGUCAGCCGCACUCGCCGUCCAGCACGGCCAGGCCAAAUGACCGUACUGGCGGGUCCGCGAUGACGGGGACGAUGACGGCCACUAGACGACGUAACAAGAGAGCCGCUCCUCCUCCGCCGGCGUUGACGGUCAAACCUGCCACUGUGGCCGUCGUUGACGGUGCGGCAAACACUGCGACGGUGCAGCGACGAGCGGCUGGUACGAUUUCGAGGAAAAAGUAUAGGGCGCCUCAGCCGCCGGCGGACGUGUCGGUACCGCGGCCGCAGCAGCAGCAGCAGCAGCAGCAGCAGCAACGCGGGCCAUGCCGCCGAGCCGCACCGGUGCAACACCGUAGAAAGGGUCCGGCGCCCAAGCCGCCUGUCGUACAGCAACUGCAGCCGAAGCCAGUCAUCGCCGCCGCCGCCGCAGACGACGGCCAGGAAGCCGGUUCAAAUGUCAAGCGAAAAAUCUCGCAGUACGAGAGGGACCGACUCAUGCAGCGGGUGGACAAGAUCGAAAAGCAUUUUUUGGAUAAGACGGCGACGGCUCCAAAGGCGCAAACGACGGCGGUCACCCGUCCCCACGGAUUCGCGUCACCGGCGGCGCUGUACACAGCCAUGGCGGCCACGAACCUGACAGAGUUGGACAAGAGAGCGGCCGAGAUAUGUCGGCAGAGGAACCACCGCGGGGUCGGCGUACCGCUGACAGCCGACCACAAGAACGCCAUCGUCACGGCCGUCAUCCGGAAAUCGUAUCCGAAAACGACGACGACGACGGCGGCGGCGGCGGCGACCGACGACGGUAGGAGAUCAGACAAAGUGCCUGCGCCGUCUGCGGCGGACGACGAAAAGCAGCUAGUCCGUCACAAGCGUUUAGCGUUUUUCCAACAACAGGGCCGUACAGGACAAGCCGACGACGGCGACAGGGUGGCAGCGAGUGGCACGACCGUUGUCCCGAAACUAUCGUCACACGGAACACAGACGGCCGCCGACGCGUCCAAGGUCGACGUGACACCCGCGGCCGACACGGACGUCGUCCGGAGUGGCGGCGGCGGCGGGUGUUCGUCUGCCGCAGGCACUAAAAAUUUGCCAUCUGAAGAUAAAGAUAAUAAUUGUUAUCAGCAAUUAAAGGCCAUGGAAAUGCAAAGUGACCUAGUACUUCAUAAUGGUCCCUUUGAGUGCGCUGUGUGUUUAUGUACAUAUGAUAAUAAUGGCGUUGUGUUACGUGAUUGUUUGCAUGUAUUUUGUAGGCUUUGUCUGCAAAUGACGAUUGAUCAUUCAAAAGCCGAACAAGUUGAAUGUCCUUAUAUAGACGAGCGGUAUUCUUGUACGGGGGUCUUGCAACACCGUGAAAUAAAAAAGAUAUUGGAUUCGGAUGAAGAGUAUGAAAGAUUUUUGCAAAGAUCAGUGGAACGGGCCAGACAGUUGUUGGCGAAAGAGAAAAACGGUGGAUCUUUUCAGUGCAGACGACCCGACUGUACUGGUUGGUGUUUGAUCUAUGAUAAGAAUGACGUCUUGGACUUUAAAUGCCCGGUUUGUGGGACAGUAACAUGCGUACGAUGUGGGUCAAUCCACACACUAGGAAAAGGUUGUAAACGAAUCAUGGAUGUAAAUGACUGUGACGGCACGCUUGAGAAUCUUAUCGAACGCGGAGAUGCUAUGCCAUGUCCAGGAUGUAGUACAAUUCUGUCAAAGCAGCAGGGUUGUGAUUGGAUUAAAUGUGCUGUAUGUUUUAUGGAGAUUUGCUGGGCAACUAAAGGUCCAAGGUGGGGACCUAAAGGAAAAGGAGAUACCACAGCAGGAUGUAUGUGUGGCAUACCAGCAGGAAGAAAAUGUCACAUUGACUGUAAAUAUUGCCAUUAGGCAUUUGAUGGAUUUAGGUGUACAUUGUAUUUAUACAUUAAUAAAACUAAUUUUUUACAGUGUUUGAAAAGUUAUUAGCUCACAUAAAAAAGAGCUUUGUUUACCUCUCAUUUGGGCUAGAAUAAAUUAACCUGUAUCUUUCCACAUUCCUACUUAGGAACUUAUUUUAUUGCGUUUAUUUGUUUUGAAUUAUAUGAACUAAAUAUUAAAAACAAACAAA